AUGAAUGAGUGCAUGACCGCUUUCAAAUUUGUGUCAUAUUCUACUAGCUCGUUUCUGGUGAGCAAGCUUUUGUAUAACCUUGUUGUGGUUAUUGGUUAGAACGUUGCUUGGUUUGACGCAUGCAUAGUAGUGGCACGGAAUCGAAGUUUUUUCACCUCGUGACCUUGAUUCUGAAUACUAAGCAUUAGCAGCUGGGAGAAGAAUUGAUCUCCUGAAGCAUAUCUCGAAUUGCCUUUGUCUGUUCCAGGUUAACUCUAGGCUUUUGUAUUCUCUCAGUCUUGAGAAAAGUUCGCAAUGAAAUGCGUAGGGGGAACAUGGCACCGUGGAAACACAGUAGAUUGUCGACGGCUACAUCUUACGCAUCUCCGCCAUGCCAUACUCUGCAUUAAACUGAUCUUCUACAGCUAUGCAGCAACUCGAGCGACGGCUCAAGGGCUCGCCCAAGAGAGCGUAGACAGCAUACUUCAGUCCCUUCGCGCCGCAGGUCUCACAUCGUCCGCAGACGCUAUUCAGGCCGCCGUCAUCAGUGGUAGCAUCACCCUCCCUUCCUCCAACUUCACCAUCUUCGCCCCUGUCAACCAAGCCGUCGAUUCCAUCCUGCCCUCCAACCCCGACCUCUCCAAAGUCCUCAAUUACCACCUUGCCACUACGGACCUUCCCCACAAAGCUCUCCUAUUGCUCCCCAUCGGCCAGCGAAUUCCAACUCUGCUUCCCGACAACACCUUGCUCGUCACCGACAACAACCUCGCCAAUUACUCCAUCAACAAUGAGCAAAUCCUGUAUUUUGAUCUCUGCACCGUGUACACGGUGUCGUGCCACGCCGUCUCCGGAAUUCUCAAUAGCACCAUUUGGGGCCAAGCAUCACUCAUUGGACCGGCAACUUCUCCAUCUGCUGCACCCGCUGGAGCCCCAUUCAUUGCGCCAUUCGCAGCACCUAUCGGAGCUCCAUACACAUCGCCCGCUGGAGCUCCAUAUGCACCGCCCCCUGAAUCUGCCUUGCCUCCUGUGAUUGGCAUCCCUCCCACAGUGCCUGGAGCUCCAGAGACCCCUCCUGGUAUCAUCCCUCCCACAGUGCCUGGAGCUCCAGAGACCCCUCCUGGUAACAUCCCCAGAACUGCCGGAAGUCCUCCACCCCCAGGGCAAGAUAGGGCUGCAGCUGCUACAGCACUAUUAAUCAGCGUCUUCUUCAUCUAGGGCGUCGAUGCAUUUGGACUCACAGUUUUGAUCAUUUUUGUGGAAAACGAAAUGAUUCAAAGUUGCAGUUUUGCAGUCCUAUGAGUCGGUGAAGGCGCUGUUUGAAAUGGAGAAAGCUGAAGAGUGAUUUUGACGCAGGGCUGUUAGAUUGGAAAUAAAAGAGAAUGGCUUUAGUCUUGGACCUUAAAGCUUCACGUAGUUGGACCUAGAAAAUGUCUGGACAAAGGUGGCAAUGUUACUGAUUUAAUUGCCUUCGAAGCUGUGAGGGUUACAAUUUUGUGCAAGAUGAUUGACACAUGGUGGAAUGUGGGUGCAGUUUUCGUCUAUCCCACUCAUCGUGUUGGUUUGUGGUUUGGCAUGAUUUGGAAUUAAAAUAUCUGGAGUUUCGCAUGA